CUUGAAUGGCAGCGGAGAGUCAGUUUCUCUAGAGACUGCACGCGGUGCGUUCGCUUCUAGUGUCAGUGAAUUUCGCUCUCUAUUUGUCACGAUUCAGUGUCGCGUUUCUGACGUUCACGUGCGUGGAAAAUAUCGAUAAGGCAUCGGUGGUUUGAACAGUUUAAUUAGACUCGUUAAUUAGUCAUGUGCCGCUGUUGUCGAUGAGCUUUGUUGCUCCGCAGGAUUUAUGAUAUUGGAAGUGUAUUGCAAAUAAAAGGUGUGAAGUACUUGUGUUUGUCAAGUCUGAAGAGAUAGAGCAGCUCGUGCAAUGAUGUCAUACGAAUACCCUCAUCCGGUUUCCAAGACCUAUCGAUACAAAAAAAUAACGAAACCUCUGUUGGAAAGGAAACGACGUGCACGAAUAAACAAAUGCCUCGAUGAGUUGAAAAACCUUAUGAUAGAUACUUUAGAGACGGAGGGGGAGGACAUCAGCAAGUUGGAGAAAGCGGACAUUCUGGAGCUGACGGUGCGCCAUUUACAAAGGCUACAGGGCUCGCGAUCUUCUGGAUUGUCGGGCACGAUUACGAAGAACGAAGAGGCAUCGGCCGAAAGUCGAUGGCUGUCCGGUUUCGGGCAUUGCGCAGCUGAGGCGUACAGAUUUCUCUCUGCGGUUCCAGGUGAAGGCGCGGAAAGGUUAGCGAGACACCUCGCAGCUGGCCUUCAAAAGAGCCGGCAAACGAAUUCGACGCUGAAAACGAGCAUGUUAACCCGAACUUUGGCAAGUCUGGAUCUCUCUGCUGAUAUACUGGCACCUUUGAUUACAAAUUCCGCUAGGGAGACCGUCCAAGUAACGUCUUCCAAUCAAAACGCAAUGGCGUGUCGUGGAGUAAUACGCGAAAGGAUCGCCUUGCAUAUCCCAUCUGAAUGCGACGGCACGGUGAUCGUGGAAAAUGAGGAAAAAUUGAAUACGAGAUGCCAUUCUCGCGCGAAAGACUUCACGGAAGAACGAGUAGCGAAGAGAGUUAAAACGGAAGUCAAAGUCGAAGAUGACGAAGAAAUUGACGUGGAACGCGUCGAUGAAGCUGAUCCUAUGUGGCGGCCUUGGUAGUUUCAAUAAAACUAUACGUUAACAGUUCUCUUAAUUUAUAUUAAAGUUAUAUAAAUAUGAAGUUCCAGGAUGCGUCGUUACUAUAGCUUUAAAAGACGUUUGUUAAGUUUAUAUUUACACUAGUAUUAGUACAGUUUUACUUAAUUAACAAUUUGCUGUUCAAGUUGUUGGAAAACCGGGAAAUGACUUGGCUUCGUUUCAGUAUGUGGUUGGCGUUAAUAAUUAAGAAGUUGGCCGAAAAUCAUAAACAAUUUUACGUUAUUUUAUUCUGAGUGAUCAAUUUUACACGAAUUUCAUUACCUUCGAUGUUUUCGGAUUAUGAGUGAUACGGUUAUACGUAUACAAAACUAUAGCGAAUGUUAACAAGAUAUUCCAAGCAGAGCCAAAAUGAAAAUUUACAAGAGAUCUGUAUAUAUUUUGUAACUAUUUAAUGCGUUUAAGAAUUUAUUUAGAGACUAAGCUAUUUCUUGUGUUAUCAACGUUAUAAGGUAGAUUAACAAAGUAAUUUAGCUUUUUUAUUUAGAGUAAAGAUAUUAAUUAUUCUAUGUUGAAUCUUGUUUGUCCGAGACAUACUUUAAUAUUGCUUCCUAUUCAUCUUUAUUACAUUAUCUGUACUGUUACAUCGUUUACUAGUAUGUCACGAAUCUUUUAUUACACUGAUAAAUUAAUGUUAGUUUGUAUAAUUUAUUUCUGAUAUUAAUAUAUUAAAAAUGUAUUUACUUCAGUUUUUAUCGUAUUUAUGCACGCGAAACAUUGUAUCGUUACGAAUAAUCGAUCUCAUUGUUUAGAUUAUAAUUUGCAAUGCACACGAUAAUGAUUUAUUGACGGAUAAAUUAAUUUUCCUAUUACUCAAGACUAUCUUCUACAUGAAACAUUUACAAGGACGUUAGAAAAAUUGUAUCCUAUAUAAGGAAGACAAUUAAUUCCACGCUCUUUAAAGUAAAACGUAAUAAAGUUUAUACGAGGAGAAAGUAUUCUAUCUUAAGAAAAAAAUGUCAUAUUUUUUAAAACAUAAUCUAAAAGUAUUUGUAAGCAUUACUAUUCUUAUUAAUUCGUGAACGAUAUAAAAUUUCUAAUUUUUAUUUUGUACCUUUUCGAUCUGAGAGAUAUAACGCGUUUAAGGCACGUACGUAUACACAUUGUGAUAAAUAACAUAUAAUUAUAAUGACUUUUUUAAUGUUUAAGAAAGUUUAGGGUAGUUUGUGAAGUACACAGAUUUAUCAAGAAAUAAUUACCGUUAUAAUAAUAUCAUUCUAUUUAAGAAAUAGGUAAUAUAUUUAUGUUUCCAUUUAUAGAUAGGUCUUUUAAUAUCGUAUUCAUUAAUUAUCUGCUAAUAGAUACUCUUGUCUUUCAAUUACGUGUAACGUUUAAUUAAUAUUUCGCAAGAACAUGUUUCAAGGUUGAUGCGGACCUUUAAACAGAAAUUUUUAAUGUACAAUUGUGAUAAAUCUUUUUGGUACUUGGCUUUAAUGUAAUUAAUAUAUCAACAAUGUUAAAUAUUCCUACUCUUGGGUACUAACUAUAAUAGUACCUAUGUUAUUAUGUAACAAUAAAAUGU